GGGGCACGCUGUGGAUGUGCCUGCGCGUCUCCGCGUGUUAGCAACUAGGGCUCUCCCUGGGCUCGGCUCGCCUGGCUUUGCUGUCUCCCCGGGAGUGGCGGGGCAGCUGCUCCCAGCGAAGGAGGCGAAGGGCUUUCUCGUGUUCGUGGCUUGGGGUGUGCGUGUUUUCGGGGUGGGAGUGGGGGUUGUGCCUGAACCAGUUAGGAAGAAUGACUCUGGAGUCCAUCAUGGCGUGCUGCCUGAGCGAGGAAGCCAAGGAAGCCCGGCGGAUCAACGAUGAGAUUGAGAGGCAGCUCCGCCGGGACAAGCGAGACGCCCGCCGAGAGCUCAAGCUACUGCUGCUGGGCACAGGAGAAAGUGGCAAAAGCACAUUUAUCAAACAGAUGAGAAUCAUUCAUGGUUCAGGAUACUCUGAUGAAGACAAAAGAGGAUUCACAAAGCUUGUGUAUCAGAAUAUAUUCACAGCAAUGCAGUCUAUGAUCAGAGCCAUGGAUACACUCAGAAUCCCAUACAACUAUGAACAUAAUAAGGGUAAUGCACAGCUAGUUCGUGAUGUUGAUAUAGAGAAAGUGUCUUCGUUUGAAAACCCUUACGUAGAUGCAAUAAAGAGUUUAUGGAAUGACCCUGGAAUCCAAGAAUGCUAUGACAGACGACGGGAGUAUCAGUUGUCAGAUUCUACUAAAUAUUAUCUUAACGACUUGGACCGUAUAGCAGAUUCUGGCUACCUGCCCACCCAACAAGAUGUGCUUAGAGUUCGAGUCCCGACAACAGGAAUAAUUGAAUAUCCAUUUGACUUACAAAGCGUCAUUUUCAGAAUGGUGGAUGUGGGGGGCCAGCGAUCAGAACGAAGAAAAUGGAUACACUGCUUUGAAAAUGUCACCUCCAUUAUGUUUCUAGUAGCCCUUAGUGAAUAUGAUCAAGUACUUGUGGAAUCAGACAAUGAGAAUCGAAUGGAGGAAAGCAAAGCACUAUUUAGGACAAUUAUCACAUAUCCCUGGUUCCAAAACUCUUCAGUCAUUCUGUUCUUAAAUAAGAAAGAUCUUCUAGAGGAAAAAAUAAUGUACUCCCAUCUAGUUGAUUAUUUCCCGGAGUAUGAUGGACCUCAGCGGGAUGCACAAGCAGCAAGAGAAUUCAUCUUGAAGAUGUUUGUCGACCUGAAUCCAGAGAGUGAAAAAAUUAUCUAUUCCCACUUCACGUGUGCCACAGACACGGAGAACAUCCGCUUCGUCUUUGCUGCUGUCAAGGACACUAUCCUACAGUUAAACCUGAAGGAGUACAACUUGGUCUAACUGUGCCUCUUAGCUCUCCGCCCCAUCCCCUCCCAUCCCUACGGUCAAUUGAAGAUAUUGAAGAGGGACUGUAUUAUCUGUGAAAAUGAUCCGCAUAAUACUAAUUUAUUGCUGGCCUGGACUCUGUUAAUGUUCACAGAGUUUAUAGUAAAUAUUAUGAUUUUAUUUAAACUUUACAGAGGAAAAAUGAAAGAUGCUGAACUACAUUCGCAGCACAUUUCCUCAUUUUUUAAGUGAAAACCUCGUGACUCAAUGUGUUUUAAAUUCUCAGUCGUGCACUCACAAAGGAUAGGGGCGUGGAUUGAUUUUUGUUUUAUUUUUUUGGUUACUGAAGCAAAAUCAAGUUGGUGUCUCCCCCUCCUCUUGUUGUCUCUGUCUGUCUUUUUAAUUUUUUUUAAGGUACAAUGGCCUUUCCCCCAAGUUUUAUUCCUUGGUUUUCCUCUUUAGUAAUCUGGUCAGGAAAAAUCUGUCACUAGAAUUUAAGCCAUCAAUUGUUCCGAUUUUUCAGUAACUACUUUUUUGAAGGAUCAAUCGUAUUGAUACUCUAAUUUAUUUUAUUUCUUAAUUUUUGGCAAAGAUGUCAAAUACGUCUGAUUUUUGGUACUGUCUUUGCACUGAAGGCUGAGAGUGUUGUUCAGUGGAAACAUUAAUUGUAGCAGUGUUAUGGAUUUUACCUUUUAUUGUACCAUGGAAAUUCAGCAAACUGCGCAGAACACAGCAACAAACUACUAAGACACAAAAGGAAUUCAUGAAGUAGGAUAGCUUUUUAUUUUUUAAUUGCCACGUGCCAUUAUAUAUAUAUUUUCUCUUCCAGAGUUCUUUCUUUCUUUUUCCUAAUCACAAGAUGCCAAACAAAUGUCAUGGACACUACAAUAGCCUGGAACUUUUUGCUUUUCGUUUUUUAACUAAUCAGACCAUCUAGAUUUUUCACAACAUUUUCAGUUCUAUUUUAUUGUCUAUGAAGUUUCAUGUUGCCAAAUUUGGCUCUUUUUAAAAUAUAUAUAAGUGUUAACUUUGACAUGUAAGAUACUGAUUUAAAAUGCCAAGGUAACUGAUUGGGAAUCUAUUCCAGACGACUGCCAAAUGUUUAAGCAGCUAGAUUUCAGCUUCUAUGUUCCCUCUUUGUAUUAGAAAGCAUUCCAUUCUCAAUGCCAAAAAGAAAAAGCAGGGUGAGUGAAAAUGUUAUUUGGUGCUACAUACACAGAUGUAUCCGUCUAUUAAUUCGAGGACAGUUUUACAUUUAUCUAGGGUGGCAUAGCAUUGCACGGUGGGUUUUUUCUUUAUUAAUGCACCUUUAAUUGAAAAUACAAAAUUAAAAAUAAAAUAUCCUUGCUAUGGUUAUUUAAUUGAUUUGGGAAUUUCUAAGUGGGAGCCUUCAUAGAAUUUUUAUUAUAUAUUAAAUGGCUGAAUAAACCACAUUGGAAGGCUAAAGAUGCAGUCCUGUGCACAUUUACCUGGAGGUAAGUCCCAAUGGAACUCAGUUGGAAUUUCUUCUUGAGUAGACAUGCAUAGGAUGUGUAUAUCAAUUUGUAACAAUAAAAUUAAUCAACAACAAAAAGUCUGCACAUGCCUUGAUGAGCAUCUCUUUUAUUACAAUUUGGGUUGAAAGUUUUUUGUUUGUUUUUUAGGUUUUGUUUAAAACAACCCUGUAAAUAAGAUUGCUGUCAAGUUGCAAAGUUGUGUAUGGGGAGUAGAGGGGUCACAUUUGAAGCUGGGCUAAUUUUUCCAAAAUGCCAUGUCUUCUAAAAUGCACUUAAGCUGAAAUGAUUGCUCCACAGCAGUUGUUUUGGCAAAGGAGGCAAUGAGAACAGAUUAUUAGUUUAGUACCAAAGUUUUAACUAUGGGUCCAAUCUACCGAGCAUUAAUUUCAGUGACAUUGGUGCAGGAUUCCCAUUAUAAUGAGCAUGGCUGAUACCACAGUCAUGCUUGGUAAAUAGACCUCAAUAAAUACUAAUGAGAUACCAUUUACCCUUAACCCUUUCCAUUAAAAUGAAUGACAAGUUGGGCUGCUUUUGUUCCCUUAUCAUGAAAAAACUUGUAAUUUUUAAAAUGGUUGUAGGUAUAGUGCAAUUAUGAAUGCUAUAAUCAUUGUACAUACAUAUAUAUAUAUAUAUAUAUAUAUAUGUGUAUAUAUAUAUAUAUAUAUAUAUAUAUAUAUUAUAUGGCAGCAUCCAUAUUGGCUUUGUAAUCCUUAAUUUUGGCAGAUUGAAUGUGCUGUAUUGAUAUGUAUCUAUGUAAUUGUAAUGUAUGUCUUACAGAUAAUUCACAAUUUAAAUAAUGUUAUUUUAUUUACUUUUUUAAGAGAGAAGAAUGUAAAAUUUUGUCAGUUUAUUUCUGACUAGGGUUUUUUUUUUAAUUUACAAAAAGAAUUAUAGUGCAGAGCGGUACUAGCAUCAUGCUGUGUAAAAUCAUUUGCACAAUCCUGAGUGGCAGUGGACUGAAAACAUGCAUAAACACAUAAACACACACACACACGUAAUUGACUUUUCAACUUAAGUUUUCAGAAGGUUUCACAAAGAGGUGUGGGAAUUAUGUGCUGAAUUACAUUGUUCUUUGGCAAAUGAAAAGAAAGUUAGUUCACUUCUCUCAUCUUUUUAUGAGGAGGGCCUUACAAACUGUUUCAUAUUUUUACCUCUGGUGUAACCUUGUAGUUGAGACGCAUGUGGCAUCCAAUCUGGUGAAUGAGUUCAACACAUUUCUGUCUGCAAAAACCAUGUGACUGGAAAGAUUGCUAUUUUUUAAGCUUUGCCUUUGGUGGCGGUGGUGGUGGUGAUAGGGGGGAGAAUGUAUGUUGAACCCAUUCACAAGAGGAGGUGACAUAGAUCUAUAUAUGUAAUAGUGUGACAGUAAAGAAUCCCUUUGGGUAGGAAAGACUUGUUUUGGAUCCACUAUUGCGCUGCUUCACAGUAUGCCAAUUUUCCUACAUGAAAAGCACUUGAAUGUAGGUGGAAAAACAUAUAUACCACUAAUACGCUGUCAUGUGUGCCUAUAUUUCUAUGUGUACACAUGAAUGGAAGUUGGGAUGCAAAAAAUUUGUCCUGUGCAAACAGGACCUUAUAAGAUGGUUUUACUAGCAGUUUUAAUCCAUUAUGCAAAUAAACUCAUUGUGUGGACAUUGCUAUUUCUAUAUUCCAAAAUUUAGUUUGUCAGUUCCACAUCAACAUGAAAGGUUGUACCUUUUAACAAAGCAGAGUUUCCAAUGAUAAAAUUCUAAGAAACCCAAAGUAUUUUAAGUUACAAAGCUAUGAUAGAUUUAGAAUGUCAAAAGUGACACCAGAACAGGCAGUGUGGGAUGAACAUGGAUGCUUGGGUCUUUACUUACAUCAUUGUGAAAUUUGUCCUGACUUUGAUAUAAACAAAAUAUAUAAUACAGCAUGUACUGUUAUUUAUGCAGCUCCAUUUCAUUCCAUUGAGCUUACAUAUGGCCCCUGCAAUAUUAUUGAUCACAUAUAGCAUUUUAUGCCAGUAUUUACCACAUUCUCUUCAAAAUAAAUCAGUAAGGUAGGCUGCUAUUGUGGGAACUGAGUCUCCAAGUAGUAUUGGAUGUGACAACCCAGCUCAGCCAGCCUGUGAAGCUUUCCUACACAAGGUUCUUAUUAGAUUAGCUGAACCAGCAAAAUCAGACAGAAGGAGAAGUGGCUGCAAACUGGACUGGCUAUGCUUGUUCAUUAUAUCAUCUGAAGCCACCUUGUGAUAGUGACUUCAUAAUAAGAACACGGCAGGUGAUUUGAAGCCAGGUCUGCCAGAUCUUUGUGCUGAACUGUACAUUAGUGGUCUUGAAAUAAAUUGAGCUGUGGAACACUAGUGCCUGGUGGCUUCCUGGAUUUCUCUACCCAGUGUAAACUCAGGGGUGCAUGACAAUAUAUGUCGCUUCUUUUAAAUGGAAUAAACUAACCACUUCAGUUUUAGGUGGAUACUUUUUUUCUUUUUAAAAAUAAGUUCUAGAAAGGAAAGAACAGAAUAGCCUAAAAUGAUUUUGGGCUGGGUAUUUUAUUUAUUACGGGUCUUGUGGGGAGGGUUGGAAGGUUUGGAAUAAAGUUUACUUAUGUCUUCAAGUUGUAUUACAAAAGUGUUCAAGACUGUACCACUAACAUAUUCUAGGUAAGCUAGACUUUUAGCAAAUGAGAUCAUUGGAUCCUGUUUGGGUUUUGAAAGAGGGGGGCUUAAGCAUACUAUGGCCAAGCUUCCCUUGAAUUGCCAACCGCAGCAUUGCCAUGUGCCAGUACAUCACAGUCUUUUUCAUUAAGUGACUAUGUGCUCUUCCCACGUGAGGUUUAUAAAUGCUCAGAUUUAUUUUUAUUUGUUAAAUGGUUGAUGGUUUUUUGCUAUGCCUUACAGAUUUUGAGCCCAGACAUUAGUGCCUCUUAGCUGAGCUAAAGCAAACAGAUCAAAACGAAAAGACUUGCAUAUUUGCCAAGACAAUGUAAAACUGAAUUUAAUAAAUGGACAGACACGGCAAAAGGAAGCUUCUUGGAAUUGCGUGUCCUUGGUGUUCAUGAGGAGUACAGUCCUCUUGAAAGUGGCACUCAAUCUAUUUUAUUGUUGUGCAAGAGCAGCUCCCUUUCAACUGACUGGGACUUGUGGAGGAGAACCUGAAGGAUUGUGUCCUAGCACACAAAAGCUAUUCAUAUAUUAAAUCUUCAUAGUAGUGGGGAUUUCCCCAUCAAAACAAAACCCCUUAAAAUUUGCCUUCCUCACAAGUUGACUGGUGCUGUCGAGACAUGCAUGAAGGAUGAAUGCAUGAACACAGUCAUAUUUAUUGAAAUAAUUUUGAUUGCUAAGGUUAUAUGAGAUUUCAUUAUACCACCACAUUUGCAUAAUUUUUCCUGAUCGCCAAAUUUAGAAGUGGAGCAUACUUUUUUUAAUGGGAUAUUAGUCAGAAUGACUGCAUGAUUUGACAAAAAAAAAAGUAGAUUACAUGGUGGGGAGAAAGGGUUGCAUAUUAAGAGACUGCUGGCUCUCCCCACCUGUGCUUGUAAGAUGCAAAUGACGUUUGACUUACCCAUUGACCUUUCCCAUUUGUUUUGCAUUCUUCACAAGACUAAAAUGAUAAAUAAAUAAAUGUUAACACACCUGAAGAAAUAAUAAAAUGUACCCCCAAAAUGUUAAUGAUGUGCUGCUGCUCUUGAAUUUUUUCUUUUUAAAAUUACUGUUUCAUACAAACUGCAACAAUGAUCUUAUCAUAUCAACUACAACAGUACUUUCACAUAACUAGUAGUGUGUGCUCAGUGUGUUAACGUGGCCUACCAAAGACCUGCCUUAGCUAAAAUCUAAUCAUAUGAUCAGCUUGUGUCUUUGGGAUUCCAUCAUAUUGCUACCAUCAAAUUAUGGAAUGUGUUGCAUAUGGCUAACUGCUGUGUUUUGGACAUGCAGAUGCCUGCUUUUGUAAAUAGCAAUUCUUCCAACACACAUUUAUACUUCUUAGUAUGCAUUCAAUGUUUAUCUUCUAUGUGUAGCCUUAUGUCCAUUCUGAAAUUACUUCACAUACUUUUCUCCAAAGCAAUUUGGCCCCUUAUUCAGAACUCUGUGGCCACUGAUGUGGAGCUGGGCCUUUUGUGUAAGUGGGACUCUAGUGGAUUCAGUGGGAAAUACUAGUUUUGUUCCCUCCAUUGACUGACACAGAAGUCAGUCUGGACAAAAGAACUUAUGUAUACAUUAGACUUUCCAUGGUUGCAAGGAAUUGCCAGAUUAGGGUGCAUAUAUCCCAAAAUCAGUUUUUCUUCUCUAGCCUGCCAGGAAAUCAGUUCUUUUACAUAUUACAUCUGGGCCACUUAAAUAUGGAUGGGCCCAUUUCGUUUUAGUGUGCCUAUACUCAUGCAAGUGGAUCUCUCUACUUGUAUUUGUUUCUUGGUUGUUUUAAAGGACUUUUGAAUGCAUUUGUUAAUGUUGCAAACAACAUUCAUGGUUCUCCAUAUAUAUAUGAUUUAAAAUGGCAGACUGCAGAAAGAUUUGGCUGUACAGGACAUUUUCUCUCCAAAGGGUACUCUUAAGAUGCAAUUUGUUGGUGAUUUCUUUAUACUACCAUCUUUGGAGUUGGCCUUCUAGGACCUGUAUAUUUAGUAGAUGAAACUCAUGCACAGUGUUUUAUAAAUUGCACUUGUUCUAAUGUCCUUUAAAUGCAUGUAUUGUCUAUGGUUUGGGGAUUGAAAGUUUUUGACAAGAGCUGAUGUAUAAAUAUUUCCCCAAAUGACCUUGCUAGUUAAAAUUACAGCAUUUUGGUCAUACUUUUGUACUACAGUAUCUUUGUUCCUUACACUUUCAUCUUUUGAAGUACUUUUGGCUUAUUGUUCUCCUCAAAUGCUUUUUUUAUUAUAAUAUUGGAAUAAAUAUCUUUAUUCCAGUGA